AUGGACAAUCGAGCCGCACCUGAAAUCCCUGGCAUUCGCCAGCCAGCGAAUGUGACACAAGAUAUUCGGCUACUUGUCUGCAAGCUUUUGAAUUCCCCUAAGCCGGCUAAGACUUUUCCUGGUUCACAACCAAUUUCCUUUCAUCAUUCAGACAUAGAAGAGAAGCUUUUACAGCAGGACUACUAUGUCUGCGAAAAAACAGACGGCUUGCGUGGACUAAUGCUGAUCGUAAUCAACCCAGUGACUAAAGAGCAGGGCUGUUUCAUAAUCGAUAGGGAAAACAAUUAUUAUCAAGUAAAUGGGUUUAGGUUUCCCCGACUUCCUAAGCAGUCAAGAAAAGAGCUACUAGAAACAUUUCAGGAUGGUACACUCAUAGAUGGUGAGCUUGUACUGCAAACUAACCCUGUCACAAAAGUUAAGGAGCUGAGGUACCUUAUGUUUGACUGUCUGGCGAUAAAUGGAAGGUGCAUUGUACAGUCACCCACGAGCUCUCGUCUAGCUCAUCUGGGAAAAGAGUUUUUCAAACCAUAUUAUGAUUUACGCUCGCUCUACCCAGCACAGUGCGCUACUUUCCCGUUCAAGAUAUCGAUGAAACAUAUGAGUUUUAGCGUGGACCUUGUUAAAGUUGCCAACUCUCUUGAUAAACUUCCUCACGUGUCGGAUGGUCUGAUCUUCACCCCAGUUACAACUCCAUAUGUGGUAGGCGGUAAGGACUCACUACUUUUAAAAUGGAAACCUGAAACGGAAAAUACGGUUGACUUCAAGAUGAUUCUCGAUAUUCCCAAGGCUGAAGACACGUCACUUUCAAAGAACGAUCCAAAUAGAUUUUUCUACAAUUAUGGUGUGAAGCCUUCGUUUCACCUUUACAUAUGGCAAGGUGGGGCAGACGUUAACGCGAGACUACAUGACUUCGAGCAACCGUUUUCUAAAAAAGAACUUGAGGUACUGGAUCGGACAUACAAAAAAUUCGCGGAUCUUGACGUUAGUGAUAGCCAAUGGACUGAACUGAAAUCCCUCGGAGAGCCACUAAAUGGUAGGAUAGUAGAAUGCGCUAAAGACCAAGAGACGGGGGUGUGGCGUAUGCUGCGCUUCAGAGAUGACAAACUUAACGGAAAUUAUGUGUCCGUUGUUCAAAAAGUACUCGAAAGUAUCAGUGACUCGGUGAAAAUCGAGGAUCUUGAAGAAGCUACCGCUCAAAUGAAGUCAAACUGGGAGAAGCGUCAAAUUGAAAAAAAGCGCGGCUUUCAAGAAGUUCAGGAUGCGCGUCGUGUAACCCAGCCCGCCCCCCCAACACAGCCUGCCCCUCAAAAUACGGAGCAACCGAAAUACAUCGAUGAUGAUGACGAAGAGCUGUGGUCUGAUGAUGAUGAUGAAUCUGAUACUGAAGCCAAAAGACAAAAGCUGUAA